AUGAGCACCGGGGGCGGCCUGCCGCGCGGGAACGUCGUCGGGAACGGCGGCACGGCCCCCGCAAAGCAGCGCAGGAUCGUUCCCGAGCAGAUUCCCACGGCGAACGUGGCGGCCUCGCCGGCCGUGCCGUCGCUGGACGUUCCGCGGGGGCCCCGCCGUGGCUACCGCGUGAGUCUGAAGGAAUCGUGGAUCGUCCGCUGGGACAAGAUCGCUGAUGACGAGGACGACGAGCCGGACGCGGACGAGGGCCGCGACGGGCGCGGCGCGGACGGCCACCGUGGUCUGGCGUCCCUUGGAAACCGCUACGGGCAGCUCAUCAGCAAAGUUCGCGCGAAUGUGCUCGCGGACCCGCACCGCAUGAACGAUUCCUCGCAAAGCGACGACGACGAGGACGCCGAAGAGGGGCCCUCGGGGGACGAGGAGGCGGAAGACGACGGCGCUGGGGGGGGGGAGUCCGAGGAGGAGAACGGGGACGAGGGGGAGGGGGACGGGGAGGGGGAGAACAGCGGCGAGGAGUCGCCGGAGCGGGCGGAGCGCGGGGGCGAGGGCGAGAGGGAGCGCAAGUCCAAGAAGCGAAAGCACCACGUGGGGUCGUACGACUACAAGGACCCGUUCAUCGACGACGCGGAGCUCGAGGACGCCGCGGCGAUGGCGGCGAUGGCGGAGGACGAGGGCGAGGAUGCCUUCGCGGUGUACAAGGGCGAGCUCCAGCCACGCGUUCCGGAGACGCAGUCGGCCCCGAAGCGUCGGAAGGUCGUGGGCCCUGCGCCGAGCCCCGGUGAACGCCUGGACGGCGUGCCAGCCGUGCUGCUCGCCGCGUUCCCCGACAGGCUGCCCGAAGUCAUCGCGAACCUCACGCUGGUCUGCGAGCAGCACGCGCCGUCGGGCGACGGCGCCCGGGACCUGCCCCUGCCCGUGCGGAGGGCUGUGCGCCUCGUGGCGGCGCCGGGCGGCGACAAGUGGGGCACGGACGACCUCAGGGCGCACGUCGAGGCGACGGAGAAGGCGCUGGCGAAGUUCGGGUUCGCGCGGGCGCAGGUCGAGGCGGAGCUGCGCGCGGAGGUGGCGGCCAACGUGCGCGACAUACAGCGCGGCUGGGCGGAGAUUGAGGCACGGGUCGCGAAGGCGCGAGAAGCGGGCCAGGGGGUGUCUCGCGACGUCAGCGACGCGCUGUGGACCGUGGUAGAAUCCUUGAAGGAGCGGGGGGGUGAGCGGAUGCGCCUGGCGGGGGUGUGCCGCGAGGUGGCGGCGCUGUACCAGGACGGCGACGGCGUCGACGAGGACGAGGUCAAGAAGGCGUACUCCAACGCGCGUGCGCGGAAGCGCUUCCAGGAACGCAAGGGGGGGGGUCACGCGCAAGACACCCCCACGGGCGCCCGGACGGCCACGCCGGCGUCCGCUGCGCGUGCGCACAGCGGCGGCGCGGGCUCCGGACACGCACCGGCGUCAGCACCUCCCGCCGCCGCCGCCCCAGCGACCCCCGCGCCCGCCGCGGCGACGCCCGCGGCGCCCAGCACGCCGACGUUCGUCGACAAGGCCCUCCUCGACGUCGACCGCGCCGCCGCGCGCACCAAGGGCCUCCACGGCAAGAACAAAGCCUACUGGGCAUGUUUCAACAUUUGCGAAAAGAUAGGCUCGCUGGGGGCCAGGGCGCAGGACGUGAUCGAGGGCGCGAAGGGCGCCGGGCUGCUGUGGGACGCGGUGAUGCCGACGGACAACGCGGAGGAGAACAAGAAGCGCACCCACAACCUGCGCACGUAUGUGUCGGCAGUGUUCAACUCGAGCGAGGCGUUCCUGCGCGUGAGCAAGGGCAAGUACGCGCUGCGCGCGUUCUUCCCGCUCGAGGAGCGCGAGCGGCUGCGGCGGCAGAACCGCGAGGAGGACGAGGCGAAGCGGGCGGCGGCCGCGGCACGCAAGCGCGAGAGGAGUGCUGCGGCGCAGGGGACGAGCACGGCGGGGAGCCAGGGGGAUACGUCGCAGCGGGACGCGUGA